AUGGACUACGAGGAUAAUCUAGAGGCUCCUGUUUGGGACGAACUAAAUCAUGAGGAAGAUAAAACUCAGAGCGUCAUUUCAAAUUCAAUUGAACCAGUUAGUCAAUUAUCUACACAUGAAAAGGGAAAAGAAGAGGGAAGAAAAGAUGAACUUGAGACCACAGCUUCACUUGUGAACAAGAUAAGCUUGGAUAUUGCACCAGAAUGGAAGGGCACCGGUUUGUCAGUGGCUGAUAAUCCGUUGUUAGAGGAGCAUGACGAUUCCAAAGCCGACGCUCUUAUUAAUUCUCUGGCUCCUGAACAGGAUCCAAUUGCUGACCUCACAAAUAGCGCUACACAACUCAUUGUAACAAGAGAAUCUGGUGACGCAUUGUUUACAGGCAACGUCAACUCUCCCUUAGUCUUUGAUGAUACGAUAUACGAUGCUAGCACUUCUCCAAAUACCUCAAGAAGCAUUUCUGGAAGAAGAUUCGGCAAGCCCCGCAUUCUUUUUGAUUCUGCCAAAGCUCAAAGAAACUCCAAACGUAAUCAUUCUCUGAAAACAAAGAAAACAACCGCUUCCAAUAAUACUACCAAAACACCUUUUACUGAUCCGUUAAAGAAGGCUGAAAAAGAGAAUGAAUUUGUUGAAGAACCAUUGGACGAUAGAAACGACAGAAAAGAAAGCAAUAAGGAAAAGGCCGCAGCUUCCGUUGAAAAGAAUAUCCUUGAGCAGGUGGAUAAGCCCUUAUAUAAUCUCCCUAAGACAGGUGCUAAUACUGUAAGUCCUAUCAAGGUCGAGGAAAAUCCGAAAAUGUUUGAAAAAACCAAGACUGGCUCAAAGGUGCUACCAACCGAAAAGGCUACGGCUUUCAAAGUUGAGGUGAAAGACCCGGUCAAAGUAGGAGAGCUAACAUCCAUUCACGUGGAGUACACUGUAAUCAGUGAGUCAGCAUUACUCGAGCUAAAAUAUGCACAAGUAAGCAGGCGUUACAGAGAUUUCAGGUGGCUAUAUCGUCAACUACAAAGCAACCAUUGGGGUAAAAUAAUACCUCCACCACCAGAGAAGCAAUCGGUAGGUAGUUUCAAGGAAGAUUUUAUCGAAAAUAGAAGAUUUCAAAUGGAAAGCAUGUUAAAAAAAAUAGGUCAAGAUCCGGUUCUACAAAAGGACAGAGAUUUCCUGCUAUUUUUGACAAGCGAUGACUUUGGUUCAGAGUCUAAAAGAACAGCAUUUUUGACUGGGUCAGGCGCUAUUAAUGACAGUAACGAUCUAUCAGAAAUCCGGAUAAGUGAAAUACAGCUACUCGGCGCUGAGGACGCCGCUGAGGUAUUAAGAAAUGGAGGUAUCGAUGCAGAAUCACACAAGGGAUUUAUGAAUAUAUCAUUUUCCUCUCUACCCAAGUACAACGAAACAGAAGAAUUCUUUACCGAAAAGAAACAAAAGAUGGAUGAAUUAGAAGAUAAUUUGAAAAAAUUGAGCAAAUCCUUGGAUAUGGUUGACACCUCAAGGAAUAGUUUAGCUGCGUCAACAGAAGAAUUCUCUAGUAUGAUAGGAAGCCUAUCGUCUUUGAAUAUAAGUGAGGCUAAUUCGGAACUGUUGAAUAAUUUUGCUGAUGUUCAUAAAAGCAUAAGAAGCUCUCUUGAGAGGAGCUCUUUGCAGGAGACAUUGACUAUGGGGGUAAUGCUAGAUGACUAUAUUAGGUCAUUAGCUAGCGUAAAGGCAAUUUUCAACCAGAGAGCCAAAUUGGGGUAUUUCUUGGUAGUUAUUGAAAACGACAUGAAUAAGAAACACACACAAUUGGGUAAAUUGGGACAAAAUAUCCAUUCAGAAAAGUUCAAAGAAACGAAAAAGGAAUUUCUAGCAUUAGAGAGAAGGUACAACCUUACAAAAACACAAUGGCAAGAGGUUGGCGAUAGAAUAAAGGAUGAAUUUCAGAAUUUUUCUAUUGAUAAAAUUCGGGAAUUCCGAAAUGGCAUGGAAAUAUCACUAGAAGCAGCCAUUGAAUCUCAAAAAGAAUGCAUCGAGCUUUGGGAGACAUUCUACCAAACUAAUCUUUAG